AUGUGGUUGGCUGCUACAGAGCACCAGAAGAAAAAGUUUGUACAACGGAUGCAACAAAUUAAAAUAUUGUCUCCUGCAACAUAUGAAUGGUUAAAUAAAUUUCCUUUGGAAAAAUGGACAAUGUAUAAGGAUGGUGGUCGUAGAUCGGGUGCCAUGACGACAAAUGUGUCUGAGUCAUAUAAUGAUUUAUUGAAAAAAGCUCGGGGGCUUCCUGUGACUGCCAUGGUUCAAAUGACGUUCAAAACUCUUGUUGAUCGUUUUGUCGAAAGAAACAGCCUUGCAAUCACAAUUCUUCAAAGAAAUAUGUUGUGGCCUCUUGCAAUAGAUAAAAAAAUUAAUGAUUAUUAUCAAAAAGCUCAAGGGCACACAGAUAUGAUGACUUACAACACUGGUGAUGGAGUAUUUGAAAUUCUUGCUUUUGCUCAUGAUGGUAAAGGUGGAAAUGUCCACAAAGUUACUGCAAAAUGUAAGAAAUGUUCUUGUGGAAAAUGGAGAAAUUAUCAUAUGCCUUGCUCGCAUGCCAUUAAAUUUUGUAGACUUCGCGGAAUCGAGCCAAAGUCAUAUGUAAGUAAAUUCUACAAUACAAAAUAUUACAAACAAACAUACGCUGAGACAUUUAUCCUAGUGGGUGAUGAAAUGUAUUGGCCGCCAACUCAUUUUAAUUUAAUUGCAAAUACUGAAUAUUUGCGAACAUGUGGUAUGCAAGUAAGAAGCCGACUUAAGAAUGAUAUGGAUAUAGUUCCGGCUCGCAUGGCCAGAAAAUGCAGUGUUUGUAAGGAAACAGGUCACACAAAGGCACGAUGUCCUACUCGAUUUUAA